AUGGAAAGCGAAAAACACGUUUUACGGAGAAAAUCAUCGCGUCAACCCUGGAGAAGUUUCAAAUUGAUGAUUGAUCCCGUUUUAACAAAAGGACUCUACAAAGUGUACCGCUAUGAUGGGCACGACUUCAACAUUCCCGUUGAUGACUUGGGUUUGUUUCCAGUGGAUUCAGUGAAAGAUCCACGCAUCUGCCGCAUGUGGAGCAAAUGCAUCAAGAGUGACCUUUCGGUUCCUAGAUUUAAGAUAGAUGAGUUUUACAUUGGGCCCAUUCCUCCCAAAGAAGUGACAUUUUGCAGGCUGAAUGACAAUGUAAACAAGGCCUUCCUAACUAAUAUGUGUCAGAAAUAUGGCCACACUGAAGAAGUGGAAAUUUUCUACAAUCCAAAGAACAAAAAGCAUUCAGGGGUUGCCAAAGUUGUUUUUGACACUGUGAGGGCUGCUAAGGACACCGUUCAUCACCUUAAUCAAACAUCAGUGAUGGGUAAUGUUAUCCACGUGGAAAUGGAUCCAAAAGGUAAAAACAGAGUGCGCUACCUCAAACUGCUCUUUCAUGGCAUCUACACACCAUGCAGCUUACCAGUAGGAAGCAGUGACCAAAGUCUCCAAAACUUAAUCGACAAUUUACUGUGCAAUUCAGCCCCACAGGGAGAAGGAAGCCCAAGCAGCCUCACUACUCCACUCUCUCUCGACACAGCAUAUUCCAGUAUUAGUCGGGAUACACCUUGUAGCUCUGGCCUGACUCCUUAUUCACAGGGAACCCCGCGUACUCCUUCCUUUUCUGCAACUCCGCUCUCCUUUGACUCAUGCUACUCCAGUCUUCAAGGCACUCCAAUCCUCCAGGGGGAGCACCCGACUUACAGUGUUCCCAAACCAUUCAGAAGAGAGUUUUGCUGUCAUAAAUUGGCAAGAUUUCACUGGGGAACCACUGAAGUCUCUGACGGAAAUUUAUAUUUAAAGAACGGUCAACCUCAAAAUUCCCUCCGACCAUUUACCCUGAAUAGCAAACAGAAACUUGCACCAUGGCGGAAAACCAAAAUCAAAUUUGCUCAGAAACAUGCAAAGCAUUCUUUCGAACUUUUAUCCCCUGGUCCAGAGUCGAGGAAUGUGAUCGCAACUAGCUCAAAAGCGUUACCUAUAACCUCUUUGAGCAUCAACUUGGAAGCCAACAAGCAUUUAGACGUGACUUCCCUACUUGACAGUCAUGCAUGCAUUGAAGAGUUACCUCAGUCACCACUGGUGAACUUUAUUCCAAGAAACCCUCAGCCAGAAUCAGAGACAUUGGAUGCCCGAAUACAACAUUUGCUGACAAACAACCAGAGUUCAGAUACUUUUCAUGGGAAUUCUUCAAUAGCUGAUGUGUUCGGUCAGGACAGCCCAACCUCACCAUAUCCACUGCAGAACUCCCCACCCUCAAAUGACCCAAACAAGACUUUGGAAGAGGUUAAUCCUAUGCCAUUCCUUGAAGAGGAUGAAACCUCCCAAGCUGUUUUUUUUCUUACAUCCCAAAGAGAUAAAGAGAGGCCCUCUCCAUUUGAUUUCAUAAAAGUUGGUGAAAGCCAAGAUGGAAACAUUAAGACGAAUGCUGAAAAGGCACCAAGUCAAAAGGAGGUCCACUUAUCCAAUGUCGAUGAAAUAAACGAUGAAACAUUGACACCAUCUUUUAGUCAUCAGUCCAAACAUCCACUUGCCAUCCCAGCCGCAGGCCAUCAUCCACCACUUAUCCCUUUGUUUUUCCCCAUUCCUUCAUUUCCCCCUGUCCCACCCCGCCUCCCAAAUGGCACCAUUCCCGUUCCACCUCCAGGCUGGAGCCUCCCUCCAGGCCAUCACAGCAACAUCCACAUUCCACCACCUUCUAACUUCCCGGUACCCCAACCUUCUUUGCCGCCUCCUGCACCACCCUGGGCCACUUCACCUUUUCCUCGUACCAACCCUCUAGUUCCACCAACAGACUACUCACUGAUGAGGCAAAACCCUCAUAAACUCACAGUGGAAAAGGUUUUAGAUGUGCUCAUGAAUGAACUGAAGUCGAUUAUUCGGAGAGACCUCACUCGCAGAAUGAUUGAGGGAGUGGCGUUCAAGGUGUUUGAAGUCUGGUGGGACAAUCAAGAGAAGAAAACAAAGCAAUCAGUUGUGCCCUUAAAUGAUAAGAAGACCAAUUGUAUAAAUCCUCCGAAUCCCAUCGCCGGCGAGCACAAGAAGCCUCCCCUUCCCACCUUCAAGAUUAAGAAGAAAAAAGGGGACAAUCCUACAAUGAAAGACGGAACCCACGAGGACGAUACGUUGAAACCAACAUUUAAAAGACGUAAACGGAGACAUGCAAGACCGCUUGAUCUUGAUAGUGAUGAUGAUGACAGAAUGGAAGAAUACAAGAUACAUCAAGCCGCCGCGCAAAGGGAAAUUGCAACAGCCAAAGAGGAACAGGCUGGGCCUAUAGAAGAAGAAGUACACAUUUUGUGUGACGGAAAUCAUCAUGCCAGCAAUGUUGAUGACAAUCAUAAAGAAAAAGAGAAGGUGUCUGAAAAACACAGGGAGGCUGAAGACACCUGUCCAGUUCUUAGUGACGUUCUCUCCUUCAGCAGUGAGUGCAGCUCCUCGGAGGUUUGCUCAUCCGACUGGGACUCCUCGGACUCUUUUACUUCAGAGAACUCAUCCUACUGUGACUUCAGCUCUGAAGAUGAUGAUAAUGUUGCUUUAGAAGACAACAAAAAGAAUGGUGAAGGUUUGAAGUGUGUAGUAAUAUCAUCAGAUGAGGAGUCGGUGGAGGUUGAGCCCCCUGUGACACCCUCAGCCCCACUCACGCCUGGUGCUCAGCUAGAACCCCAUGACUUGUCAGAUCCAUCUAAUAGGGAGAAAGCAGAGGAAAAUGAGUACAUGCACCAAGAACAUGCAAUGAUGGCGCUACAGCCUUCAUCACAUACUGGACUUCAAGCAGUGGCUCUUGAACUUGAUAUGGAGAGGCGUAAAUGGAACUCGGGAUCUCCGGAGUACACCUUGAGGCCUCUCACUCCUACUGGCUGCUCUUUGGACAGUGACCUUGAACUUUUUAUCAGAAGCAAACCAACAUCUCCAGUUGUGAUGGAGGUGGGACGACCACAGACCCCAGGCAAGGAGAUAGCCUCUCAAUUAGGAAGUGAAGAAUCAGAAGAUGACAAUCUCUCUCGAACGAUCAGUGAGUUACAUCCAUCAUCAGACACGGCUUUGUUAUUCCAGGAAACACCCAAAACCCCAGGUAGAGAAGACACAAGUGCUUGGAGUCCCAACAGUGGCGUGAGGGUCUCAACAAGUCCAGAGUAUGAAAGCAUUAUACCGGAAGAUACCGGGGAAACAUACUUACAUUUUAGAAAACCAUCGGCUCAUUCAUCACUGUUUAGUAGUCCAUUUAUAUUACCACCAAAUACCCCUGGAAGAGAUAUCUUUCUACCACGAAGAUCCUUCAUCCACAGAAGAAAGACUGACAUUGCGAAUAUCUCACAAUGUGACAAAUUCCUUGGAAUGUUAUCUCCAUGUGACCUUUCUGAGUCUUCAUCUGAUGGCGGAGGAGUGAGAACAUGGUCAGAUGUGAGAGUGAUACCUCUGCAAAGACUGGAGAACAUGCCUGGUCUCCUCCACAAGGGAAGUAGGAGAGAAACAAAAAUGAGGCGUAAAUGGUGGAAGAGAACAAAAAGGCGUUGGAGGAGUCACUACUUCUCUCGUCCCAGUCCCCCCAAGUGGCGUUCAGAGUGCGAGGAAAGGAGGAUACUUCACAGUAUAUGGAGGGACGGUCUGGAUCAAGAGGAUGAGAGACUGCUCAAGUGCACUUACGAAAGGCUGCAAGAGCGGGAAGAUGAGUGUAGCUGGCUUAGUGAUGCCCUUUGGAUACCUCAUCCUCUGACUAAAGUUAUAGAAGAGAACGUAGGACACCAGUCAUGGCAACAGAAGCACGUUACAGGCUCAGCCCGCAGUGAGGGUUUCUACAAAAUCAACUGGAGGGAUAAACUUGAAUACCUCAAACACGAAAGAACCAUUGAGCUUUCAUCAGCAAGCGCUCAGGAACAUCAGAUACAGCCUACCGCACUUCGGGCCGGAUCAGACUUCAGGUCAGAACAGCGCCGUCUGCUGUCAUCUUUUAGCUGCGAUAGUGACCUCGUCAAGUUCAACCAACUCAAGUUCCGAAAGAAGAGGAUUCGUUUCAGUCCAAGUCCCAUCCAUGAUUGGGGUCUGUUUGCCAUGGAGGCCAUAGCAGCAGAUGAGAUGGUGAUUGAGUAUGUCGGCCAAAUUAUCAGACAGAAUAUUGCUGACAUGAGAGAGCGUAGAUAUGAGGAAGCAGGCAUCGGAAGCAGCUAUUUGUUCCGGGUCGAUCAGAACACCAUCAUCGAUGCCACAAAAUGCGGGAAUUUAUCCAGAUUCAUCAACCAUAGCUGCAGUCCAAACUGUUAUGCGAAGAUCAUCACUGUGGAGUCUCAAAAGAAGAUAGUGAUAUACUCGCGGCAGCCAAUCUGCAUCAAUGAAGAAAUCACGUACGACUACAAGUUUCCCAUUGAGGACACAAAAAUUCCUUGUUUGUGUGGCUCUGAAAGCUGUCGGGGCUCUUUGAACUGAUUCCAUCUGGAGAGCCCCUGUCUUAUAGCUUAUAUAAGAGCCCACACUGCCUCAGGUACUGUACAAACAGACACUGAAGAUGUGCCUCAUAAAUAACUAUUAGGCAUUUCCAGCUGCUCUCUUGAAGGUUAAAAAUAACCUGAGCUGCACUAACCAGACCAAGUGAACUUUCCUAUCCAGCACGUAAGCUAUUGUAUGAUAAAGUAUGAGGCAAGAGAACGCUAAACUUUUAUGGUAAAUGUAAAUUGACUCCCUUUAUAUUUAAUGUACAUGGUGUACAGUCUCAUUGGAAAAACUUUAUAAAUGCAUGUUAUGAGAGGUUAUCUUUGGUUUUACAUCACAGUAACAUGGACAGUAUACGGCAGGGAUUGUCAACCGGUGGUCCGCGGUCCUCUAGUGGUUCGUCUCGGUAUUGCAGGUUGUCAGCAAAAUUGGAAAUGGAAAAUAAUUGUAACAUUUAUUUAAAUAAAAUGGAUUCAUUAUUUUGACUUUAUUUAUUUUCCAGCUAAUUUUGUGAAUCAUUUACCCAUUCAAAUUAUGUCAAAUGUAGCUGAGAUUCCCAAAAUAGACAUACAGACGCAAAUAAAUAGCCUGCAUAGGUCUAUCUUACUUUGUUGCAAAAUAAAAUAAUA